AAAAAAUCUAGGGAAACUUUUUGAACGACGUCGCUCAACUCCUUGCAUCGCCCGCCCUGCAUUGCUGCACUGAACGCGCUUCAUCUUCGUUCGACCGUUCCCAACCCUCUCACUGAGCAAAAAUGCCCAACAAAUGGGUUUUGAACUGGCAACCUAAUGCCGGGACGACUGUCAAUAGCCAAAUCCUCAACGAAGUCUCUCAGUGCGUCGAGGGCAUGAAUGGUGUCAAAGAAGGAAGGUGGAAAGCUGCCCUUACCUUCUACAAGCCCAUGCUUAGAGAACAAGCAUUGGCGGCCGAAUUUCCUCGGGACUUCAUGGGGAUUUCGCUUCCGGAGCAGCCUAGUAAGUACUACUUUGUAAUUCGGGGGCAAAAGAUCGUUCUCGAGGCCGAGCAGACGAUUCAGACGAUAAUGGAGAAGCUGCAGUCUUACAAAACAAGGGUGACGCUCAAUUUCGAGGAUCAGAUUUCGGGGAAGAUGAUUGGCAGUGUUGAGGCUUGUUCGGGACUCUACAUUCUUCAAGGGACUGACUCCAGAAAAACUGAAGGGUCCCAAUACCGACUUGGUGACUUCCAGUUGAGAGUUGGGAAAGUAGUUCCAUUACACUCUGAGAGUUUGAGGGGAAUAGUUAUGGAGAUGGAGUACCUUCCCAUUUCUUCGCUGGACAAAUCCCGGCAAAUGAUGGAGGAGUUCUUUGAUGUAUGUCAAGAAGCUCUGUCAAAAAGACAUUUACCAGGCCAUUUUAUGCAUAUAGAGCCUAACUUUGCGGAAUAUGGCCUUUUUGACAACUAUACUUCCCAACACACAGCGAUCCAGUAUGCAACUAUCAUGGCUCAACUGAUAGCAACAGCUCAUGCUGUGCAACCAGUGAGAAAUUAGGUGGAUGAAAGGUUUAGGCCAUCCAAUUCUAUAUAAUGUAUGUAUUACUGAACCUUCAAAGUGAACUGUCUAUCCUUCUAUGGUUCAGAUCCUGCAUCCUGCUCUUGUUGGAGCUUGUCAUUGAACUUUGAUGUUGCUCGAAUCCAGCUCUUUUUGGGGCUGAUAAGGGAAUUGUCUACUUUAUGGUGCAGUACAUCCAUUCAUUUAGAGUUCACCAUAAACAUUCUAAGGCAGAAGGUAGGGGAAUGUCA